AUGCCUCGAGCAAAAGUUCCCACAGUAACACGAAGACCUCGCGCUCCUGUCGGCGGUGCACCGAUGGAAAUGUUGCGGCGACCGAUCCCAUUAUGGAAACAUCUGAAAAUCCUAGCAGAUCAUGCGUACGCCGAAGACGCGCUAUUACUCUACGAGAUUACCAAUCAAAGUACAAGUUCGACUCGUUGGACUGUUCCCGAGAAUCCAGAAGAAUUCGAAGUAUUUCAUCUGUUGGGCAAUUUCUAUGAUAAGACGAAGAGAUACGCUCAAGCAAAUGCAAUUUUUAAGACCAUCAUUCAAACUUUCCCAAAUAAAACACCAUUUUCCCGUCCAAGCCUCUCUUUUCCAAAGGGGAAUGAUGAGGAUGAAGUGGUUGAGACACCUAGAGAAAUUGAAGACAGGGAUUUCACGUGGAUGUGCUUGUAUCGCACUCUUCAGAAGACAAAUAAACUGAAAGAGGCUUACGAAGCUCUUAAACAUGUGCGCGGUAAGACAUACACACCGCAAAAAUUGAGCGAAAUGAAGCGAGUUAAGCGACAACUGAAGAAAGAAGAACCGCUGAGUACUGCAGUGCCGGAGCAAUGUGAUAAUGAACUUCCAGACGAAAACAGCGCCAGAAUCUGUUCCUCUUCUCUCGGACCGGUGAUGUCCGUUCUUCUGAAAGGCAAAGGAGACGCGACGCUCGUCAAACGAUUCUCCGACCAAUUUCUUGGUACAGAGAGAUCUGACGUCUUCUGGUGGCUGAAAUCAAUGGAAGCGGUCGGGAAUCAGAAUAUCUACGACGCCAUCGCUUGCCUUAAGAAGAUGUCCCAUCAGAAUCCUCGAGUACUCACAGCGAUGGCUCGUCUCAAUUAUCGAAUCGAUAAAAGAGACGAAGCACGUCGUCUGCUUCGUACCGCCCAUGCCAAUGACCCUCUUUGGAUCGACGGAAUGGAUUUGCUCGCGUUUCUUUGUAUCGGGGAUUUCGCACAAUAUGAGACGCUCAUCGAGGAGCUGGCGACCACACUCAACACAGAAUGGCCUCAUCGAGUGGAGACAUAUGUUGUCAAUGGGUUUAUGAUACAUCAAAUGGAUUUGGAUAUGGCGUGGGCUUACGCGAAUCGAGCUAUGAAAUGCGCGGCGCCACCAUCGGAUCAAUACGUGUUUGCGGUGCACUUGAAGGCUUAUUGCUUGAGAACGUUGGAGGUGAAGGCGAGAGGAGUGGAUGCUGAUAAAUACCGUCAUCAAGCGCACCGAUUCCUGGAAGAAGCCGUGAAUUUGAUGCCCAGCAGUACGGAUCUCGGUCUACUCUAUGUGGAUACACUAUUGGAGGAUGAAGAAGGCCAUCGUGCUGCAAAGAUCUUCGCGACAAAGUUCUUGCAUGAGAAUCAGAAUAACGUGCAUGCGAAACUGCUGAAAGUUCAUGUACUCGUGAAUGGAGUCAGCCGGAAUCCUGAGGCGAAUCAUACCAAAAACACCACUGAUCAGUUUAAGGAACUCUACCAACUACUGGAAGAAGUCAUCGACGAGCACCCACACAUUCUAGCAGCCUACUGUUUCCUGCUCAGCGAGUACGCGCGGCUCAAAAAUAACGAAAAGUGCAAGGAGAUAUUGGACAAAUUGACGGCCGCACGACAGCUCAUCUCCCCAGUGAAAACCCAUAAAUUCCAUCGAAUGAAGGCCGAUUAUAUGCUGAAAUUCCGUCAAGUCAUUCCAGCUUACGAACAUUUGAUGGCGGCGAUGGCGACGGGCGCCGUGGUCGAUCAGGCGCAGAUGGCGGUGUAUGAAUCGGAGUUCGCGUCGAGUAAAGCGAUCACUCAUGACUACAAAAAUCUCGCGUUUUUGGAUCCGAUUCUCCCCGAACGUCCAACGAGCUCAUCGAUUGGCAGAAGUGGAACCGUCUCCCCAGCUCUCCAAGAAGUCGUCAACGACCAUGAGAACGAGCAAGACUCGUCGGAAGCUGAUGAUGAGGAGGAGGCGGAGGACGAUGAAUAA